AUGGGGGGGAAGGGCUCAGAGGGGCAUGCAGUCACGGGGGGAGGGAGGGAGGGGGAGAAGGGAGAAGGGAGAAGGGAGCAGGGAGGGAGCAGGAGGGAGGGAGCAGAGGGGAGCAGCAGACGGGCGACGCUGGCGUGGAGAGCAGAGCAGCAGAGCACACCGUCCGUCCAGAAUCGAAGGAGCGGAAGCAGUGUUAGCGUGAGCGCGUCUCAGCCGACGCUACCCACUCCAUCCCUCCUCGCCGCUGCCCUCGUCCUCGCCCCCGCCCUCGCCCUCGCCCCCGUCGCCCCCACCGCAGAUUCCGCCGCCGACGCACCCCGCCCCCGCCCCCCUCCCCCCACCGCCGUCCUCGACGACGCCCGCACUGGGCUCGCCCGCCGGUCACACCCCCGUGACGUGACGCCCACACAGAUCCAUCUUAGAUCCAUCACUCCUCUUUUCGGUCCACGUCAGGACCCCGUAACCCCGCUUUUUUCUUCUCCCCCGGUCCUCUCCUUCCCGUCCUUCCGUUCAUUUCGCGCCCCCCCCACCCACACACACGCACACGUCCGUUCCCCUAUAGUCCCCCCCCCCUCCGCCCGCUACGCCUGCCCCCCCCACCCCCCUUCCCUCCACGUCCACCUCGCUCGUCCGUCGACCCCGACGCGAGCGCUCUCGAUCCAAGAUCUAGAUCUCCCUUAUCCCCGUUUGCUCCAUCACUCUUGA